ACAGAACCAGUCCACGCUCACAAUUCAACACAAUUAGCACUACUACCCCCUCUCGCACGCAUGAUUUGCCUCAUUGGACCGUCGCGCGUGAUCAUGACCGAUCUAGGAUUCUUUUUCGCAGAAGGGUUUUGGGAUUGCUGUAUAUAGACCUGGGAUAUUCUCUGAUGUAACGAUCCAAAAUCUACGCCAUCAUAUCCUCAUACGGACCUAUCAAGCAACACUCAGUCUUACUUUACUCCACAGUCUUACUUUACUCCUUUCACACAGCCAUGGGGACUGGUUCUAAAGUCGCGUCUGUAAUUCUUCGCUUUGGUGCAUUCGCCAGUGGCGUCAUUGUCGUGGCCUGUUUAGGUCGCUUCUUUUAUUACCUGAACCUCGCAAACGCGCAUGCGAAUAGUCGUCUUAUCUAUGCCGAAGUCAUCUCUGUCCUGGAAGUUAUUUUUGCUUUGCUUCUGAUCGUGCCCGCGAAAUACUCCUUCUACGCUUUUCCUAUUGACAUUAUAUUUUUCAUCUGCUCAAUCAUAGCAUUUGCGCUUUUAGCAAACCUCAACAGUUCCUGUUCCUCUGCAUGGUACUACAACUACUGGGGCUUCUAUUGGGGUCGAUUCUGGACGGUUCCUAACGUGACUGUUGCCACUAUCGGAUCUGCAGGAUGUCGAACCUGGCGGACUAUUCUUGCUUUCCUCUUCAUCGGCGCUAUGUGCUGGAUGCUGAGCGCUAUCCUUGGAGCAUUUGUUUUCUCUGAAAUCCGCAAGGGUCGUGAAGUUAGCGAGACUCACAGAACAACUGCUAUGAAAGAGAAGAUUCUCCACCACAAGAAGCACGACUCAACGAGCACCACCGAUCCCGAAUCUCAUCCUCAGCCCGUGCCGCAGGUGUAAUGCGGCAAUUAAAUAAUUCCCCUCCAAGCUACUUGCAAGCAACGAUUGGAACAUUCGGGCGGGUGUUCAUUAAGGGUAGUCAAUUCCUUCGACUGCAUCUCGACCUAGUUCUGGACAUGUGAAACAUCUUGUUUUAAUUUUUGAAUCUGUACCUAAUAUAAUGGAUUGAAUUUCCGAU